AUGCCAGCUCCCAGACAUGCCCUUAGCGGAAGUGGACCAAUGAGCCCCUUGCCUACUCCUACCCCUGCCCCUGCCCAUGGUGAGAGUGAAGCUGAGCACUUCGCUGCAGAACGCGCGGCAGCGAACACUUUGGUUGAUAUCUCAUUCGAUGGUGCACCAAGGCGAGAUGGAGACGCGCAUUUGGAUCAGGGGCGUACCGGCCCUGAUUCAGUUGAUGCUGCCGCGGAGAGUGGGAUCGGCGGUGCUGGGCAUUUGAUGACCCACCAGGGGCCUGGUGAUUUGCGGGGGGAUUGGAUGUCUGCUUCCCAGAUGGCAGGCGAGGAAUUUGAGAAUCCAAGAAGGAACCCGUCUCGCAGGGCGCGACCAAUUGAUCUGGCCGAAUGA